UAUUGAUUCACGAGAGAAAUCAACAUUAUUGUGAAUACUACACGUAUGAAAUAGUGGGUAAACAAAAUUUCUCAGGAUGUGGUGUGCAGUUACAUGUCAUCAUUAAGAGGAUGAAGAAAUCAACUUUGUUACAGGACACAGAAACAAGAUGAACAGAAGUCAUGCAGUUUUUACCAGACACAAGAAUUUAAUAUGAUAGACUACAUUGUGAAUACUUGGACCCUGCUGUUCACAGGGACAUAAAUAGAAUUCUGUCCCCAGUGUAAAAACAAGAGAGAUCUCCCUGACUGAGGAAAUCAACACGGGAUUCUGUUAUAAAACCACAGGAUAAAGAUGAAAUAAAUGUCUGCUGUCAAUGAUGUAUAGAUUUGUGUUACAGAAAUCUGUCACAGUGCCAGGUGUUAGUUAUUGUAGUCACAUCUCCCGUGUAUCAUCAGACCGGGUCUGGAUCAGUGAUUGCUAUAACAAUCUCAUCUUGACAAACACAGCAGGGGAUAAACUACAUCACCUGACAGAUAUACGUAGUGGUUAUAGUGGAGGACACACUGUGAAUAAUGAUGGUGAUUUAAUUUAUAUAGACAGACAAGGUAACAUCAACAAACUGUCUACAGAGAACACCGUAAAGACUACAUUAAUAAAGUACAACACAGAACCAUGGGUACCACAGUGUGUCUACAGCUCCCCCUCCACUGGAGACCUGCUGGUCGGGAUGUAUAGAGAUGAUACAGAUACAGGCAAGGUAGUGCGGUAUAACUCCACAGGAGAACACAUCCAGACCAUACAGCACGACAACAACACAGGUCAGGUACUGUAUAGUAAACCUAUCUACAUCACAGAGAACCGCAAUGGAGAUGUUAUUGUGUCUGACUAUUACCGUGAUGCUGUAGUGGUGACAGAUCGGGGAGGAAGUCAUCGCUUCUCCUACAGAGGACCUCCAUCAGGAUCAGGACUAGAUCCACGUGGAAUCUGUACUGACGCGCUGUCACACAUCCUGGUGUGUGAUCUAUACACCAACUCAGUACAGAUGUUAGACAGGGACGGUCACUUCCUGUCACAGAUACUGACAUCACCACACGAGAUAGACAAACCACAGGGCCUGAGUUAUGAUGUUAACACACAACUACUGUGGGUAGGGUCAUACUACAACAACACAGUCAACAUAUACAGAGUGGUAGAUACACACUCUCUGACUGGCCUUCAUUGUGAGGACAUCAAAUGCAAAAAGCAUCCCAUAAGUUCCAUUGACCAGUUCUGUACCCCGUGUGGUGUUCCCUUGUGUGUGGAGUGUACCAGCUCUGAGGAUCACAGCAGACAUGAUCUUAGAAAUAUAGAGGACUUGUUUAAAAAGAUUCACAGGAUAGAAGGUGGAGAUGCAUUCUUGAUGUGCCUUCUUCUUUCCAGUUCUUACAAAAUAAACAUGAGAGAAGGAAACUGGAUAAACAAGUACAACGCUGUUGCCAAAGGUUUUCAGUCCAAGGAAAUCACGAAGCCAUUUACACUUGAAGACUUAGAAAAAUACAAACCAAUCGUGAAAUUCAAUGAAUCAGAGGUUAGGUUCUCUUCUGAUAUCUUCAAAGAUAUCAGUUUCCUCGAACUCUCAAAGAAUUCAGAAUUUGUGGAUAUCUUCCUGACUCUGGCAGAGAAAGGAAACAUAGCUGAGUACUGCAGGUCAUGGAUUUACCCUCCAAAAGAGAAUGAAGUCUUUUGCUGGUUAUUGCCACAACAAACGGAAGAAUUGAUAGAAAAACUUGGAGAGGAUAUUUUCAAACACCCAACAAUGCAGGACCCAUCAAUACAUGAUUUGGUGUUCAGCAAGGUUGGAAUACCAAUGCAGAUUAUUUUGAGGGGAGACAAAUCUGUGAUGAAUUUUAUCGAGAAUUUAAAGAAAGGGAAGACAACCAUGUACCAUGCCUCUGGAAUGAUAAUAGGGUGUGCUGGUAGUGGUAAAACAACAUUGUUAGAGAGACUGAAGGGUAUUGACCUCGAAGAAAUAAAGAAAAAUAUCAGUUCAACCAGGGGAGUCGAUAUCCACACGGAUGUUUUUGAUGUGACAGACAGCAUCCAAGUAAAUUCUUCACACCAGCAGCAACGCUUUAAGAUUAGUUUUGAGAAAACAAACCAACAGCUGAGUGAUCCUGAAAAUCCUGUGGAAGAAGCCAAUGAUGUGGAAAUUCCGGAUAUAGUGGAGCCAUUGGCUAGUAGAGGUUCUACUGCAGAGGCAUCAUAUCGUGGACAGAUGUCCCAUGAUGAAACCAACAUUCAAAAUAGUUACAAAAGACCUUUCAGAUGA